UCUCUUAUAGUCUACCUUGUGGUUCUCUCUGGUAAACCCCCAUGAGAUCCAGGGACAAACAGAGCUGACUUUCAAGCAUCCGCUCCAUACCCAUACCUUCCAAAUUUCUCUCAAAGGUCUUUCUCGAAACACACCAGGGAAGCCCUAAGAGACUUACACGAGGGAUCUCCCUCUUCAUUUGGAUCGAGAUGUUUGAAAAGGCAGGGAUCCCAUCCCUUGAGGAUGGACCGAACGAAUUCAUAGGAUUCGAUAAGAAAAACAACGAUGUCCACUGGAAGCUCAUUGGGAAGUUCCAGCGACUUGCUGAAAGCUACCGCCGCUUGAGACUGGAACUAGAUGAAGAAAGGGCCACCAAUGCAAAGUAUGAGCGUCUUGUCAGACCCAAGGACGAUGACCCAUUUGUUCUCGUUCUCAUCGAUGGCAAUAAUCACAUUUUCGCGAAGGAUCUGAUCAAGGCUGGCAAGGAAGGAGGUGCCACAGCUGCAUAUCUUUUGCAGGAUUCCAUCAAGAGACUGCUUUGUUCCAACCUAGACAACGAGGGACCUGGAUGCAAAGUGCUAGUACGGGUGUACGCGGACAUUGCCCGUUUAUCCAUCGCCCUUCACCGUGCUGGUAUUGCUGGUAACGAAAGCCGGUCAUUGGCACCAUUCGUGGCAAGUUUCAAUAGUACACAAGGGGCGUUCGACUUUAUUGACGUGGGUGAUACUGAGAGCAUGGAGCCAAAAGUCAAAGCGACUUUCGAUGUCUUUAUGGCGCAUCCUCAGUGCAAGCAUAUCUUCUUCGGCGCUUGCAAUGAUACUCGACAUCUCUCCUUGUUGACCCCGUACAGCGGCAAAUUGGAUUGGAUCACCCUCAUAAAAGGGAACUCCUUCGAAUCUGAAUUUGACUCGUUGGAGUUGCCGGUAGUAGAGAUUCCGUCAGUGUUUGAAUCCUGUCAACGGGAAGAAGUGGCCACCGUGACAUCGCUAUUCUCUACGAGAGCUUCUGAUCCUCGUCCCAGCGCUAAAAUCUGCAAAUAUUUCUCGAAGGGCAUGUGCAGAUAUGGCAAGAAAUGCCUCAACGUGCACGAGAUUACAGGACGCACAGGAUCUACAAUGCAGCAGACCAAAGGAACAGAAAACUUGCCUCAAGCGGUCAGAAAUGGUUCUGUCGACAGUUCCCGAGGACUGUCAAAUGGCACCGCAGAGAGAGAAGAACUGAUCCAACUUAACAAGCGUGGAGAACGCGUCGACGAAUUGAUACCCCGACCACCGCUGGAAGCAUGGAGGUUGUACAAUAUGCGCAUUGGAGUCCGCAAACUCUGCGCUGCGUAUCACCUUGGUGGAAAGUGCUCAACACCGAACUGUGGAUAUGACCAUAGCCAUGUCGACCCACCUGUCCUGGAUGUGCUAAGAUACCUCGUGAGAAUGGCGCCAUGUCACAAAGGGCCAGCUUGCCGCCGGGCUGGAUGCUACCUCGGCCAUAUGUGUCAACGUCAUAACUGUAAGGGAUACAAACCCUGCAAAUUUCGACACUAUGGGCACUAUAUAGAUAGGGAGAUCGUGAAGGAGAUACCACCGGCUAAGCGGGAACAUGAAAAGGAAUCUAUAGGGAGCGACGAGGAUCUCGUGGAGCCGCUCAUUAUUCUUUAAGAUAGGCACAGGCUUCUGUCAUGACUAUUGGUCCAAUCUACUUCGAAUCGUGUUGAUAGAAGCAAAAAGCUCAAUUGAGAUUCGGAAAGCAAACGAUCUAAAAUGGAC